CAUAUCCAAAAUUGCAUAAAACAGCUUCUUCUUCUUCCGGUUCCAAAAGAGAAAAACAAAGAAAAAAAAUGGAAAUGGUGACAAGAUUUGUAUAUCCACCGCCUCCGUCGAUAUUGCUGAAUGGUAUGAGCGCCGUUGGAUUAGUCGCUCUAGCCAAGAUCGGUUGGUCUGAAGUGACUGGGAACCAUCUCAAAUACUCCAAAUUCGCCGCAUCGUCAACAUCAACAGCGAAACCACAAAAGCAGCCAUUGGGGAGCAUCUCUAGCCGAAAUGGAAUGCUUUGGUUAUACACGCCUGCGUUUUUAGCUGCUUCGGCCUCUUUCUUCGUCUUACCUUCUGAUGAUCUUAGGUUCCUUCUUCUCAAAGCCGCUCUUGCCCUCCAUUUCUUCAAGAGGGUUUUCGAGGUUCUGUUCAUACAUAAAUACAGUGGUGGGAUGGCUGUAGACUCGGCCAUCGUCAUAAGUAGCAGCUAUUUCUCAUCCACGGUUUUGAUGCUAUACAGUCAAAACCUCACCUUGGGGCUUACGGAGCCAAGUUUCGAUAUGAAACUCGCCGGGAUUGUAAUGUUCGUGGUGGGAAUUGUUGGGAAUCUGUAUCACCAUGUUCUGCUGGCUAAGCUAAGGAGUGACGAUGGGAAGAAAGAGUACAAGAUACCAAAAGGAGGUCUCUUUGAUAUAAUCAUAUGCCCUCACUAUCUAUUCGAGAUCCUUGUGUUUUGGAGCUUCUUUCUCAUCUCUCAGACCAUUUAUUCCUUUUCUUUCGCCAUGGGAACAAUGUUCUACCUCAUCGGUCGGAGUUAUGCUACACGAACUUGGUAUCUUUCCAAGUUUGAUGACUUCCCCAAGCAUGUCAAGGCUCUCAUUCCCUUUGUAUUCUAGGGAUUUCAUUACAAACACACAAAUACGACCUUUGUGUUUUUUUUUUUUAAAUUGUUGUUGGCCGCAAGUGUCUGAAUAAAAAACUACUACUAUAAGCUUGAUUGGUAUGUUCACAUGUUUUACUGAUGGGGAAAUUAAAAUUUAACGAAUUAA